AACACAGAGUUGACACUUCUUUCUAGUUAAUUAUUUUAUGGUUCAUUCCCCAUUAAUUGUUUAUAAUUUAUCAGCUUAAAAAGAUAAUGGCGAGCACUUCCAGAUAUGAUGCGAAUAAGGUGUGUUGUAUUUCUCAUCCGGAAGCUCCGUUAAUUGAAGAUUAUAGAGCUGGCGAUCAGAUUUGUUCAGAAUGCGGAUUAGUUGUUGGCGAUAGGGUUAUUGAUGUCGGUUCCGAAUGGAGAACUUUUAGUAAUGAAAAGAAUGGAGUUGAUCCAUCUCGUGUUGGUGGGCCAGAGAAUCCAUUGUUAGGAGGUUCCGAUUUGACAACAAUGAUUGGACCAGGGAGAGGUGAUGCCAGUUUCGAUUCUUUUGGAGUGGCAAGAUAUCAAAACAGGAGAACCAUGAAUAGCUCUGAUAGAGCUUUGAUUAAUGCAUUUAAAGAAAUUAAUGCUAUGGCUGAUCGUAUUAAUUUACCAAGAACAAUAGUAGAUAGAGCUAACAAUUUAUUUAAACAAGUUCAUGAUGGACGUAAUCUUAAAGGUCGUUCUAAUGAUGCUAUUGCAUCGGCAUGUUUAUAUAUUGCUUGUCGACAGGAGGGUGUUCCACGUACUUUCAAAGAAAUAUGUGCUGUCAGUAAAAUUAGUAAAAGAGAAAUUGGUAGAUGUUUCAAGUUGAUAUUGAAAGCCUUGGAGACAUCUGUUGAUUUAAUUACGACAGGGGACUUCAUGUCAAGAUUCUGUGCAAACUUGGGACUCCCUAACAUGGUACAAAGAGCUGCAACUCAUAUUGCUAGAAAAGCCGUAGAACUGGACAUUGUGCCAGGCCGGUCACCAAUAUCUGUAGCAGCUGCUGCAAUUUACAUGGCAUCUCAAGCAUCUGAUGAUAAAAAAAGUCAAAAAGAAAUUGGUGAUAUUGCCGGUGUAGCGGAUGUCACAAUUAGGCAAUCCUAUAAAUUGAUGUAUCCCCAUGCAGCAAAACUAUUCCCUCAAGACUUUAAAUUUGCAACUCCUAUCGACCAAUUACCACAAAUGUAAAUUUAAAUAUUAAUGAAACCCUUAGGUAUAUAGUAUUCACAUCAUUUUUUAAUAUAUUAGAAUUAGUUAUUAUUUGUAACAUUUAGACAUAAUUAUGUUGUUGGUAAUAGAUAUAUCAUAAGAUAGAAUAUAGUAGAUAAUCAUAAAAAUUUGACUGUCUUUUUGUUAUAUUUUUAUAUAGAAAUUAAAUAAAAAAUUAAGCCUCAA